AUGGACAGUGAAGAAAAGUGCGAUGAAUUCAAAACAUUCGCUGAAGAAGAUAUUACGAAUCUAGAUAACUUGAUUGCUAAAAUAUACGAGAAUGUGAAGUCGUUAAACAAUGGACUAUUUAUUUACGAUUUCGCUGCGAGAAAUGUUGAUGGGUUAAUAUCUAUAGCAAAGACAUUUAAUGCUCUUCUAUCAUUUUAA